AUGAACGGCAUGAUGGCGCCCGUCAGCCAAGGCGCCAACGGCGGCCUCAGCGAGCAAGACCAAUACAUGGUCAAGAUGAUGCAACAAGGCAUGGAGUCCUGCGUCGUCAAAUCCAUCAUGGCCGGCGGCAUGGGCUUCGCCCUCGGCGGCGCCUUCGGCCUCUUCAUGGCUCCAUUCAAAAUCGGGUUCAAGGAUAUGGGCAAGCGGAGUUACAGCUCGGCGAAGAACUUCAUGAUACUAGGAGCGGCGUUCAGCGGGACGGAGUGUGCGAUUGAAGGGUUGAGGGCGAAGAAUGAUAUGACGAAUGGCAUUUUGGCGGGAUGUGUUGUAGGGGGAGGACUGGCGUAUAAGGCUGGGCCGCAGGCGGCGGCGCUGGGGUGUGGUGGGUUUGCGGCGUUUAGUGCGGCUAUUGAGGCGUAUAUGCGGAUGCCGGGGGAGGAGUAG